CGGAAGAGCCGAGCAGCGUGGAUAUGUCGGACCCGGCGGCGCAGGCCUUGCAACCCCGGCUUCUCCAAGCCCAGUCUACUGGGUCAGCUGGGUCUAGUACUGCUGCAGCAGGCUCGGGGUCAGGAAAUAGCGACCCGGCCAGACCAGGACUUAGCCAGCAACAGCGUGCAAGCCAGAAGAAAGCCCAAGUCCGAGCUUUCCCACGGGCGAAAAAGCUUGAGAAACUUGGCGUAUUCUCCGCAUGCAAGGCUAUUGACACAUGCAAGUGCAAUGGAUGGAAAAAUCCAAAUCCACCAUCAGCCCCACGUAUGGACCUGCAACAGCAAGCAGCCAGCCUGAGCGAGCCGUGCCGCAGCUGUGGACAUGCUCUGGCUGAUCAUGUGUCCCAUUUGGAGAACGUGUCUGAGGAUGAGAUUAACAGGCUGCUGGGGAUGGUGGUGGACGUGGAGAACCUGUUUAUGUCUGUACAUAAAGAGGAGGACACUGACACCAAACAGGUCUACUUCUACCUUUUCAAGUUGCUGAGGAAAUGCAUCCUGCAGAUGAGCCAGCCCGUUGUCGAGGGAUCUCUUGGAAGUCCACCGUUUGAAAAACCCAACAUCGAGCAGGGGGUUUUGAAUUUUGUUCAGUAUAAGUUCAGCCAUCUGGCACCAAAGGAAAGACAGACCAUGUUUGAGCUGUCAAAGAUGUUCCUCCUGUGCCUAAAUUACUGGAAGCUGGAGACACCAACGCAGUACCGCCAGCGCACGCAGAAGGACGAUGGGACCGCAUACAAAGUGGACUACACCAGGUGGCUGUGCUACUGCCACGUCCCCCAGAGCAACGACAGCCUGCCGCGCUAUGAAACCACCCACGUGUUCGGCCGCAGUUUGCUCAAGUCCAUCUUCACCGUGACCCGACGGCAGCUCCUGGAGAAGUUCAGAGUGGAGAAGGACAAACUGCUACCAGAGAAACGUACACUCAUCCUCACACAUUUUCCCAAGUUCUUGUCUAUGCUGGAGGAGGAAAUCUAUGGCGAGAAUUCACCGAUCUGGGAGGCUGACUUCACCAUGCCGGCCUCGGACAGCACGCAGCUCGGACAUCAGACAGUGAUCAGUCCUGCUGCAGUGUCCGGCUCCCCGGCUCUGCCUAAGGGCCUGAGCAGCAUCUCCUCUCUGGGCAGCAUGGACUCUGGAGGUGCAGAGCCCAUCACAGGAGAGAAGCGUAAAAUUCCAGAGGCGUUGACCCUGGAGGAUGCCAAGCGGAUCCGUGUGAUGGGCGACAUUCCUAUGGAGCUGGUCAAUGAAGUCAUGAUGACAAUCACUGACCCCGCUGCUAUGCUCGGUCCAGAGACUAACCUGCUGACGCCAAACGCUGCCCGUGAUGAGACUGCCAGGUUGGAGGAGAGGCGGGGAAUCAUAGAGUUUCACGUCAUUGGAAACUCGCUUUCCCAAAAGUCCAACAAGAAGAUCCUCAUGUGGCUGGUUGGCCUGCAGAACGUCUUCUCUCAUCAGUUACCUCGCAUGCCCAAAGAGUACAUCACACGACUCGUGUUCGACCCGAAGCACAAGACCCUCGCCCUUAUCAAAGAUGGCCGUGUCAUCGGUGGCAUCUGUUUCAGGAUGUUUCCCACUCAGGGCUUCACAGAGAUCGUCUUCUGUGCCGUCACAUCCAAUGAGCAAGUAAAGGGCUACGGUACCCACCUGAUGAACCACCUGAAGGAGUAUCACAUCAAACACAGCAUCCUGUAUUUCCUCACUUAUGCCGACGAGUACGCCAUUGGCUACUUCAAGAAGCAGGGCUUUUCCAAAGACAUCAAAGUGCCGAAGAGUCGAUACCUGGGAUACAUCAAAGACUACGAAGGAGCGACCCUCAUGGAGUGUGAGCUGAACCCGAGAAUCCCCUACACCGAGCUCUCUCAUAUCAUUAAAAGACAGAAGGAGAUUAUUAAGAAGCUGAUUGAGAGGAAACAGAGCCAGAUAAGGAAGGUUUACCCAGGGCUCACCUGCUUCAAAGAGGGUGUACGACAGAUCCCAGUGGAGAGCAUCCCAGGCAUAAGAGAGACGGGCUGGAAACCCAGCAACAAGGACAAAGGGAAAGAGGUGAAGGAUCCUGACGUGUUGUACAACAUGUUGAAGAAUCUUCUGGCACAGAUAAAGACUCAUCCUGACGCCUGGCCCUUCAUGGAACCAGUGAAAAAAUCGGAGGCUCCAGAUUAUUAUGAGAUCAUCCGCUUUCCCAUCGACCUGAAGACUAUGACAGAGAGACUCAAGAACAGAUACUAUGUGACCAAGAAGCUUUUCAUCGCCGACCUGCAGCGAAUCAUCACCAACUGUCGCGAGUACAACCCUCCAGACAGCGAGUACUGCAAGUGUGCCAACACCUUGGAGAAGUUCUUCUACUUCAAAUUAAAAGAUGGAGGCCUGAUCGAGAAAUGAACUCGGCCACAGAAUCGUUUGUCGGCUUGUUAACUGACGAGGGGCGUCUUUCAUGGCGGCCGCACGACGAGACGGAUCAGAUCACGAGGACAACAUGGCUUGCUAUUGUCAUAUCUGUGUUAAUGAAAGGGUAUGUACUUGACUGACAAAUUUUACAAGGGAGUCGUUGGACUUAAACAAAACUGAGGGUUGCUUUGAAAUAUCAGAACCAGUUUAGUGUCCACAUGGCAUUACCUUUCCCCUUGAAGGUAUCUCCUGUCGUUUUCUCUUUUCCACUGGUCACUGUUGGUUAAUAAUCUAGAAAUACAUAUUUCAUCAAGUGUACCAAAGUUGCAGGUCCAAGUUAAAACAUUGCCACACUUUCCACCAUUAGUUAUAGUAUGAUUCACCCGAUUUUGUCACAUUUGACCACAUGUACUCAUUCCAGUUUGCUUAAAACACAUCACUUAGAGCAGAUGUACACGUAGAGUUCUUUUCAUAGGAAACUGGACCUUGGGACCUAAAGCCACGUUGCCUUGCGUUGCUGACAGACACUUGAAACAUCCCAGCCAUCUUCAUGGGUUUUAAGAUAAACGUUCUUUGAGGGGUGAAGUCCUUAAAACACCUGGCACUGAAAGAUGGGCAGUACUUUGACGCUUGAGUAGAGAUGAAACAGUUUAAUCAGUUGUUUUGUGAAAAAUGUAUUGAAGUGAAAAUACUGAACAUUUGCUGGUUUUAUCAAAAGUGACAAUUUGUUGCUUUUUUCCACGUUUUCAUUUUAGUUUAUUUAGAACACCUUUUGGAUAUUUUGAUUGUUGGUCAGAAAAAAAGCCAGUUAUUUAUCAUUUAGACUUGAGUGUUUAACGUGAAUAAUAUUAUAAUAUUUAAAGCAUCACAGAUAAACCAAUUUAAAAAAAAAAAAAAAAAAAAAAGUUGUGGCAGCCUUUCUCUUAAGGAGUUUGAGAAGCUGCUAGUGAUGGACUGGGCAGCAAAUAUACCCAGCACUUGUGUGCGAAAAGAAAAUUGUCCCAAUCGUUGCCUUCAAGAAAAUACUCGUUUUCAUGUUGACAGCAACAUAAUAUAUUUAUUUGCACAGUAAAUAUGAUGCUUACUGUUUAUACACCCAUUUUCCACUGGCAGGGUUUUAUCCCAAACCAUUUAGGAUGAGGUCACACAUUAGUAUAGCUUUUAUCGUGCUUGCAGGUGAAACUGUAGUUGGUGGCAUUGAUUUGUUCUGUUGCAAGUAGUGCAGUCACCUCCGCACACGUAUGUUAAGUAGUGCAUUUAGCGUACAGCAACAUGUUCGCGCUGGUCACAGGUUUACUGGAUAGUUUAUGCUGACCUGAACGUGGUGGGGGGAGAAGCUAACCAGCAGUUCUCGCAGUGAUUGUUGGCUUUUACGAAGAAGAUAACUCUGAAUUAUUUGCCAUACACAAACUGUAGUGGGUGUUGAUGCACAGAUGAUGGACAGUUUACAAGCCACUGUUGUGUUGUUUUGUUUUUGUUUUUUUUGUUUGUUUUUUUACAGUGUAACAGACAUUGUAAUGAACUGUUAAAAAUGUGUCUGUUCAGCUUCCUGAGACACAUCUGCUUGUUUCAUGGGAAGGUAACUGUCCAGUGCUGGUUGAAUAUUCCAUUGACUUGUGUAUGUGUGUGUGCGUGAGUGAGUGUGUGUUUAUUUUGUACUUGAAUCACGACUAGCUUUGAAUUACUCAAGUGAUGUCAGUGUUGCAUUAUUCAGGGUUGUCAGUUACAUACUUCUCUUUCAGUCUACCUAUGCUGCAUUACAGAUUUUCUUAAAAACAAAGGUAAGAGUGAACUUUCCACUUGUUUGAAGAUGGCUACUGUCUCUAGUUAUGAUAUAAAUGCCAUUUACUGUAACUGUAAAACCGUUCAUGACAAUAAAGGGUUUUUUUUUU